CGCCACGUGACCUAUGUUUAAGCCAAGAUGGCGGCUGCAGGGGCUGAGCCUGGUAUUACGGCUGAUGGUAGCGACGAUGCCUUUCAAUUGUUUUACUCGGAGGUGAAGCAGAUUGAGAAAAGAGACUCUGUGUUGACCCCAAAGCAACAGAUUGAAAGGUUAACCAGACCAGGAUCGUCCUAUUUCAAUCUCAACCCUUUUGAAGUUCUACAGCUUGAUCCAGAAGUUACAGAUGAUGAAAUAAAGAAGAGGUUUCGUCAGCUAUCAAUCCUGGUCCAUCCUGAUAAAAACCAAGAUGAUUCAGAAAGAGCACAAAAGGCAUUUGAAGCGGUUGAUAAAGCCUACAAGUUGCUCUUGGAUUCAGAGCAGAAGAAGCGGGCUAUUGACGUGAUCCAUGCAGGAAAGGAGUAUAUCGAGCACACGAUGAAAGAGAAGAAGAAGCAGCUGAAGAAAGAAGGAAAGUCCACGAUAGUCGAAGAGGACGAUCCGGAAAUGUUCAGGCAAGCGGUGUACAAACAGACAAUGAAACUUUUUGCAGAGCUGGAGAUAAAGAGGAAGGAGAGGGAAGCCAAGGAAAUGCAUGAAAGGAAACGACAGCGGGAGGAGGAAAUUGAGGCACAGGAGAAAGCUAAACGUGAAAGGGAGUGGAACAAAAACUUUGAGGAAACCAGAGAUGGGCGUGUCGACAGCUGGCGGAACUUCCAAGCAAAAGGCAAGACUAAGAAAGAGAAGAAGAACCGAUCAUUUCUCAAGCCCCCUAAAGUGAAAAUGGAGCAGCGAUAAGCAGAAUAUUGGUAUGCUGUGCAGAAGAUUGGGGGUUCCAGGCUCCGAUUCCUGGAAAGCCCACUGUAUCUAAACCAGUACCACCUUGGACAGCGUCAUCUCUAAAAUGUGUUGUAUUUCACUUUUUUAAAAUAUAUAUAAAAGAUCUGACCCUUGAACUCCACACUGGACAAGUUAGACUGUAUUCUGCAUUUGGAAUUUUUUGGUCUUCACUUGCAAUCUUGAUUUUAUAGAACUAUGGUUUUUUGUUCAGCUGUAAAUAAAACAGAAUUUGGAAGUGUGAACUUCAAUUAUCUUCAAUUAUCAAUUAUUGCUUCAAUUAUCUUUUUUUUUUAUUUAGUUCCUUUUUUGCUCUCAAUAUCUACACACAAAAAUACUUUGGUAAAACUUUGAACGUACUAAUUUCCAUUACAAUUUAAAUUAAGAUCUGCAGCUUCUCUAAAAGUCAAUGGAAGAUUCAUUCAUAUAUGGGUAUUCUGGACAAUAGUACUUACAGUAUAUUCACUACUUGUGAAUCUAAGCAAUGGAACACAAAAAAACAAGAUUUCUAACAAUAGAAGCAAAUGACUAAUACAGCAAGAGGCUAAAUGCAAAAUGUUUAGCCAUAUGUUUUGUUUAUAUAGGACAAUUCUGAGCUCUUGAGUAAUCUGGAUAUCUGGUUAUGAUGAUAUUGAAAUGCUUCUUGGAAUGUGUCUUUAAUAAUAGCAAAACAGGAAAUGUUUUCUGUGUGUAAUUAAGUAGGAAUAAUAAAUAAAAGUUUAAUUGAGUAGAUGAAGCGAUAAGCUUGUGUUUUCACACAAGAAACAUGAGAUUCAGAAUGCCAUUCUGUUUUUUGCUUUGAAGAUAAAAUAAAAAUACUGUAAACAUUGGUACAGCUCAUUUUAAUUAGUCCGUUAAAAACAAAUGCCCCAGUAGUAAUCCAUUACUGUUGUGUUCAUUCAGUUCUGUAUUUUGUCAGUACUGAGAAUCCACAUACAUUUUUUUUUGUCUGGUCUUUAGUUGGUUUCCUCUGUUUCCAUGUUGCUCCUUCAGUGGGAAUGUCUUGUUUCUCAUUAAAAAAGUGUGAAAUUAGGAAAUGAGACCAUUUCACAUCUGUAGAUCAUCAGAUUUUUAGUUUUGUAAUACCAGUCAUUGCAGCACACUGUUACAUUGUAUCUUGCUGUACUGGGUGUGUUACAGGAUCUUGUUUUAUUGUUUUUUUUGUAUUGUAAUAUUGGCACGGGACUCUGUAUCACCAAUUAAAGCAAGUGUUGGAAAUGUCCCUUACAUAAA